AGCUUUGCGACCAACCCUUUCUCUGAAAUUUAGGAAUCAAGAGACUAAAAAUUGAAGGCGACUGAUUCCUGAUUUGCAGGAAACUAUAUUCAGAAUCAGACAUACACUUAAUAACUAUCGUCGGCCAUCGUCGUACGCGUUCGGACGGGAUUCGUAAUCGACAAUUUCUAUCUCGCGCCUGCAGUAUGUCAGAAGCUUCUCGGCCCUGCAACAACAGUAAAAUCCUAACGAUAGCGUUGUUGAAAAGGUUUCCUGUUCGAUAUAAGCACCUCAUGUUGUAAAUUAUAGGAUGUGUAAAGUCUUCGUGGACCUCGUGGCGAAAGCCUGUGAUGCGGAGAGAAAACUAUGGUGAUGUAAACAAGUUCUGAAUUUCCGCAUUCGGUUUGCAUUUAAUUUUGUACUCGAUUGUGCACGGAAUUCUGCGUGCAAUUACGACAGGGACUAUCAUUUUGAGUCAGUAAUGGCAAGUUUUGAUUCUCCAGAUUCAAAUGGUAGGUAUUAAAACUUCAAACAAGAAUACUAUUUAUACAUCAUAGUCUGAAACAAAAAUCUAAUUAACGAGUAUUAAAUUUAAGUUUAGAUCAUUGCACGUCCCUGUUUUACUCUGACUGUGAAGCUAAUAAGCUUAGAAUGGAAGAAUUUAUAGCUUUUGUUGAAGGCUGGAUUUAGGUCAUCCUUUGCCAGCUCAGCUGCAAAGGAGUUUUUGUUACUUGCAUAUAUUUACAAGAAAACCCCGCGAAGACAAUGGCUCACUGUCAGUUAAUGUAAACAUCAUUGGCCCAGUCAAUGGCCUUAAGCAUAAUUAUGUCGGGCGAGUAAAUUUCACCGCCAACAGGCCUUGCUUUGUAUGCAGAAUUCUUCGCAUUUGCACUCAUUGUGUGUGGGUAUUCUUUUCAACUGUACUUUCUGCCUUGGAAAUUCAUAUACUGUAUGCAAAACUUCACAACUUUACAAUUUCUCAAACAGGCUUGGUGGUGUAAUUUGCUUGUCUAAACAUGCAUAAGUCCUAUUCCAGGUGUGCCUAGCCACCAUCCGUCCCCCCCCCCCCACCCCCCACCCCCCCUUCGGGCAUAUUUCAAGUCGUGUCUUCCUAUGCAUAUGCACACGUCAUCAACAAGGGGAAUCCAAUAUGUCCAGGAAUAUUAGGGGAUGGAUUGGAUUCUCUUCCUCUGGGAAGGGGAAAACUACAAACAUUGUUUUAAGUUCAAAGAAAAGGGAAGGACGAAUUCAAAAUUUUGUAAAACAACAGACGGCAACCAUGUGGAUGUUACAGGGAUUCUUGCUUUCCCAGCCAAUAGACUACGGCUACCAAUAAAGUUGCUAUUGCUAUCACUUUUUUCUGCUUUUCUCUCUAGUGAUUUCUCUUUAAAAAGUCGCAGAAACGUUAGAUAAACCCAGCAUAUUUUACCAAGAGCUCUGCUUUUGGGUUUGCCUAAUUAUGUAUCCUACAGUGUGAGUAGAUCGACAGCCAUGAACUGUGUAAAGCUUUUUGUUUCCUUGUUGAAAGUGAACUCUUAUGACAUUGCAUUUUUUGUCUAAUUAUUAUUCAAAGUUGGGUCCACGGCAAACCUACCAAAACACCCAUUGAGAAGGUUUGAACCAGCUCUGCGUAAAUUUCAAGUUGCCCUUCCAGCAGAUCUUGCAAGACUGCAACUGCACAAACUCAACAUGGAAAAGGCAAGUCUGUUGAAUCUGCAAUUAUACUAAGAAUUAAAGUAUAAAUGUAAAUUAGGUUCCCUCACUGACUAUCUUUGUUUAUUUUUUUUUUUCUUUAAAUUGAUGUUCUUGCUUGGGCCCCUCUUACUCGUAUUUUUCAUGCUUGUUCAGUCCAAGCAAAGUCCUUCACACAGCUCACAUUACUUUACUGGCAGAUGCAGAAUACUAAAUUAACCCGCAAGAUGUUUUCCUCUUUUUUGAAGUAACAUAUCAUAGGUUAUUGACAAACAUUACAAUACAUUUUGUCUGUUAGAUUCUGUUGAGUGGUUGGUGUUUUCCUAAAAAAGUUUGUUGCAGUGUUUUAUAGUGUUAAUUGUUUGGUAAUUGUUUGGUAAUUGACUGAUUAUUUUAUACAGAUUUUUUUUACUUCCCUUUAUAGUAUUAUCGAUCAGAAGCUUGGUUUGAACUUAAUAAGGAACAAAUUAAUGCUGCAAGAACAGUCCAGGUAAUAGUUUUCAGGCAUUUAAUGUUAUUUGGAGAUUUAAUUAUUAAUUUAUGUCUACGUAUUUUUUUCUUAACAGCAACUGAAAUCUCAUAUGAAAGAGAUAGAGAGCACAAGAAAUCAAAUACAAUCCUCAGACUUAGCACUAUUUGAUGAGCGAAUCAAGCCAAUACAGGAUGAAGUGCGAGCUGGGGUUGACUCAUUUAGAGAAGUUCAGCAGAUGUAUACACAACAGAAAAAGCACAAAGAGCCAAAAAGAAUGCCUUUUGCCAAAAAAAGAAGUCCUGGUAUGAAUAAUCAUUAGCUUUUUUUCUUUUAGGGGGGUUUAAUCUGGGGCUAAUG